AUGGCCAAGGAGUCGGUGCUGACUCAGGCGGAGGGCGAGAAGGUAAGAGUGUCUUGCGGUAUCCCCCCGACCGCCCCUCCAGAGGCGACCUGUGUCACAGAGAUGUCGAUGAUGAUGGCGUGCUGGAAGCUGAAUGAAUUCCACGACGACCCAUGCAGAAAAGAGAUCCAGGACUUCUUUGACUGUGCUUCGCGGGCGGAGGCAGCCCGCAAGAUGAAAUCUAUCCAGGACACUCUGGGAGAGUCUGGGAAUUUAUCUCCCAAGAAACUGAAUAAAUUGUUACAGAAGUUUCCUAACAAACCUCAUGUCAGCUAAAAAUAGGAGAGACUUUUCAGUGACUAUAUAGCUUCUGAGAACGUUGAAUAUGUGCAGACAUUUUAGCAAUGUGCACACCGCGUGCCCUCCAUGAAGGGUUAGAAUUAAGCAAAACAUGUUUCCCCUCCCACUUUCAAAUCAUA